CAUCCAUCACUGAGUUAUCGUUUGGUAAGGAGUAUACAGCCGCCGUGGAGAGUAAACAGGUCGCGCAGCAGGAAGCGCAACGUGCUGCGUUUAUCGUUGAGAGGGCGAAGCAGGAGAGGCAGCAGAAGAUUGUCCAAGCUGAGGGUGAAGCAGAAGCAGCUAAAAUGUUAGGUGAAGCAAUCAGUCGUAAUCCCGGUUAUUUGAAGCUGAGGAAGAUUCGUGCUGCACAAAACAUUUCCAGGACUAUUGCAAAUUCCCAAAAUCGUGUCUACCUCAGCGGAAAUUCGCUCAUGUUGAAUAUCCAGGAUAAAGAAUUCGACGAUCAAAGCAACAAACUGAAAAAUGGCUCAGGAUCUGGAUCAACAUACCUGCGUGACUACUACCAAUCCGGCGACUCGGCCCACAACGACGUCCCCAGGGAAGAAGCGAAGAACAUCGUCGAGAAUGCAAUGGCGGCAGCGCGUCGUGUCACCGGUUAAAACCAUCUUCUCCAAUUAUCACCAUCAACAUCCAAACCGCCUGUUUUCCUUCAUCGGCUUGGUGGCAUUUAAACAUAUGUACAUUUACACUCCCAACUUAUACAAGAGAAUAUAAAUCAAACGUUGAAGUUUUUAUAUAGUAUA